AAAAUUCAACAAUGGGCAGUCGGAAGAAAGCGGCAGAAGUAAAAGUUGGAGUGGAAUUCUUAUCAUUUUGGUCUGGAUUUUGGCCGGUGGCGCUUGAGGUGGGUGUUUUACUGUCCACAAUUAAAGCGGCGGGCGCAGCCUUUCUAGGAAUGAAAUCAUCGCAUGAUUAGCAACAAUGCUGUCGGUCGGCGGCGGCGGCGAAAGAUCGCGAGCGGUCUGCGCGCGAGGUCGUUACGAGACGAGCGAAGGAGCCGCGGGCCACGCAAAGUGGGCCGUGGGAAUGGAAAUCGCACACACAGAGCAAGCCGCUCGCCAAAAGCUAGUUAGGCAACCGGCAAUAUUUUGGUACUUUUUGGGAACCGGGCAGGUUGCCGAGGAGAGAGGGGAUCAGCUGAGAGUGGAAUGCCAUUCAUCGCAGCCUGUUGAGCAGCUUGAUUUCAACUCAUUCGAGUCGCAGCCACCAGCGCAACAGCAGCUAGCAGGAGCCGCGCGAGCAGCCCAGGUGAUGCCGAAAAAUAGAUGGUGAGCUGGUAAGGAUGCCCGGCGGCACAGGCAGCUCGCCUGCAGGGGCAGGCACCUCGUCAGCAGCGGCGCCGUUCAGGGUGCCCGACCUGAGGGCCGGGGUGGGCGGCAUCGUGACCCGCGAGUCGUCCUACCACUACGAGGAGAUCCACCAGAUCGGCACAGGAGCGUACGGAACCGUAUGGAAGGCGCGCGACCUGCACAACCCUGGCAAAUUCGUUGCCCUGAAGAAGGUGCGAGUGCCGCUGACCGAGGACGGAGUGCCCAUGUCCACGCUCAGGGAGAUUGGCCUCCUUCGCCAGAUCGACCAGCACCAUCACCCCAACAUCGUCAGCCUCCUUGACAUCUGCCAUGGACCGCGCCUGGAAAAGGAGCAUCAGCUGACUUUGUUCCUUGUCUUCGAACAUGUGGACCAAGACCUGUCCGCAUACCUGGAGCGGCAGACGAUGACCCCGGUCAAGGUGCGUGACCUAAUGUUCCAGAUUCUGUGCGGCGUUGACUUCUUGCACAGCCACCGCAUAGUGCACCGUGACCUGAAGCCGCAAAACAUUCUGGUGGCCGACGACGGCCGUGUCAAAUUGGCCGAUUUUGGCCUUGCCAAGACCUAUGACCUAGACAUGUGCCUCACCUCAGUGGUGGUUACACUUUGGUACCGAGCACCAGAAGUUCUACUAGCCCUUCCCUACGCCACCCCUGUUGACGUUUGGGCGUGUGGCUGCAUCAUGGCCGAGCUCUUCCGCCGCACACCCCUCUUCUGCGGCAGCUCGGAAGCCAACCAGCUCGAACGCAUUUUCCAUGUAAUCGGUACCCCAAGUGAAGAGGAGUGGCCCGAGAGCGUAAGCAUUGCGCACAGCUCGUUCAACAGAAAGCCCGGCAUUGACCUCAGCAGCCUCGUCCCGCAAAUGUGCCCCGACGCUAAACACCUGCUGCAGCAAAUGUUGGUCUUCAACCCUCAGCGCAGAAUUUGUGCCGCAGACGCCCUGGAGGACCCAUACUUUGCUACGCACGGCCUUGCACCUCCAGAGGCGCAGGUGGCCGCUGGUGUGACCGCAGGACCACUUUCCCCCAGCUCUGCGGCCCUCUUCCUGCCUGCCGAUGACGCCGCUCCAAGCGCUGCCGGCCCUGACCUCUGACCUGCCGCGAGACUGCCCGAGGGGCUGCGACGCCCCUCACAGUAGAGUUACAACCGUUCGUGUACAUAUCCCUGCCAAAUCUUAGAACAAACUUAAGUUUUUGCGUUGGAGUAGAGUUUUAAAUUAAUGUUUAGCUGUUAAGAGGAGAUUUGAAUUCUGGAGGGGCGGCCAAAGAAAGACCACCAAUGGACUGAACAGAACUUGCUGCUCGACUGUGUAUAAAUUUAGCUUUUCC